AUGGAGAGAAAGGUAGGAACAGUGACUGUCUUGAAAAAGGAGGAUAUCCACUCGGUGCAGCAGGAAAACAUAAAAGCAUCAAUUUUUUUGUCCAACUUAAUAAAAAGCUGCAUUGGGCCUAAGUCGAUGAUUAAGAUGAUCCUGACUCGGAUAGGAACGAUAGAGCUGACCAACGACGGGAACAGCAUACUGCGGGAGAUCGAAGUGACGCACCCCGUGAUCAAGUCUCUGAUAGAGCUUUCCAGAACGCAGAACGAAGAGGUUGGCGAUGGGACCACGUCUGUUGUGAUCUUGUCUGCCGAGAUACUCAAAAACAUGAGCGAGCUCCUGAAAAACGGAUACCACCCGGUUUUUCUGUGCAGCGUGCUUAAGAAGGUGCUGGAGCUUCUUCUGGGCAAAAUAAAAAAGCACUCGAUAGACAUAAAGGGGAACGAGGGCAUGAUAAAGGAGAUUGUGAAGAGCGGGCUGAACACGAAGAUAUCGAAGUAUGUUAUUGACCUGGAGAGCAUUGCCAUAAAGGCGGUGAACAUGAUACGGAGCAAGAGCGUGGACAUAAAGAACAUCCGCGUGGAGAAGGUGCCGGGCGGGCGUGUCGAGGAGUCUGUGGUGUUUGACGGGAUAAUAGUGCAGAAGAGCCUUCUGGACUACACGAUGAGGAAGCACAUUGAAAAUGCAAAGGUGCUUUUGAUAGACUUCCCGCUGGAGUACAGGAAGGGGGAGAACCAGAUGAACAUCGAGAUGCACACGGGCGAAGCCUUUGGAAGGGCGCUUGAGGUGGAGGAGGAGCAGAUUGAGCGCAUGGUCGAGCUGAUAGCCAGGUGCAGCCCGGACGUGCUGGCAUCGGAAAAGGGCGUGUCCGAUCACGCAAUUGCGCUGCUGAAAAAGCACAACAUAUCGGCCAUUAGAAGAAUAAAGAAGUCAGAGAACCAGAGGCUGGCUCUGGCAACAGGCGCACAGAUACUCUCAAGAGCGGAGGACGCAUGCGCGCAGGCGCUGGGAACGGCAGGGCUGUUUGAGGUGCAGAGGAUCGGAGAGGAGGAGUAUUGCAAGUUUGUUAAGUGCAAGAGCCCGAAGGCGUGCUCGGUUCUUCUGAGGGGGCCCUCGAAAGACAUUGUCAACGAGCUGGAGAGAAACCUGCAGGACGCAAUUGCCAUAGCCAGGAACGCAUACAACUCGAACGCAGUCGUGCUGGGGGCUGGGGCUGUUGAGAUGGCGCUGGCGCACGAGCUUGAGUCCGCGCAGGGCCUAUCAGAGCGGGAGAAAAAGGUGUUUGCGGCCGUGGUGGAGGCGCUCCACGCGAUCCCCGCCUCUCUUAUAGCAAACAGCGGAAACACAAAGCCGCUCGUCAAGAUGCUGGAGCUGAAGGCGUGCCACAGCAAGAAGAAGCACACGUACGGAGUUGACGGGAACACCGGAGAAAUUGUGCCUUCAGAGGUGUACGAGUCGAUCCUGGUGAAAGAGCAGAGCUUGAAGUCUGCGAUUGAGGGCGCUAUUAUCAUACUUCGGGUGGACGGAAUUGUAAAGCAGGAGUAG